UUUAUUGCAGCAUGUGUUCAUCCCUGUGAUGUUGUCUGACAUAUGCUUCUCUGUUCCUCUUCCCCAUCUAUCCAGGGAUCAGGAGGCUGAAGAGGAACAGGAGGAGGAGCCUGAACUGGCAGGGGAGGAUGAAGGAGAGCAGCAGGAGUACCGCGAGGAGGAGCGCCCCAAACCCAAACCCAUGGUGCCUCAACAUGUCGCUCUAAAGAUCCCCGAGGGGGACCGGGUGGACUUUGAUGACAUCCACAGGAAGCGCAUGGAGAAGGACUUACUGGAGCUGCACACGCUGAUCGACGUCCACUUCGACCAGAGGAAGAAGGACGAGGAGGAGGUCAUCGGCCUCAAGGACCGAAUCGAUCGCCGUCGAUCAGAGAGAGCCGAGAUCCAGAGGGUGAGAGCGGAGAAGGAGAAGGACCGGCAGAACAGGAUUGCGUUGGAUCGCCACAGAAAGGAGGAAGAGGAGGCCAAGAAGAAAGCAGAAGAUGAAUUCAAGAAGAAGAAAGUGCUGACUGGCAUUGGAGCCAACUUCGGAGGCUUCCUGGCCAAGACAGAGAUGAGGAAGGGCAAGCGUCUGACGGGCAGAGAGAUCAAGAGGAAGACUCUGGGUGAGAGACGGCUGGAGCUCGAGAUCGACAGCAUGAGGGAGGACACGCUCAAGCAACAGGUCCAGGAGAUGUGGAACUGCAUCUACCAGCUGGAGUCUGAGAAGUUUGACUUCAUCGAGUACAUGAAGCACCAGAAAUAUGAGAUCAUCGUGCUGCUCAACAGAAUCCAACACGCUCAGAAGUUUAAAAAGAUCCACGGCAAAGGGAAGGUGGGCGGUCGCUGGAAGUAAAAGGGGGCGGGGCAAAGAAGAUAAAGAGAAAACACGUUAAUGACAAGACAGUGGAGGCCGUGCAGGAAUGGAUGACUCACACGUUUCCCUCUUCCCUUUCCUGUGUGUGUGUGUGUGCGCGUGUGUGUAUGUGUGUAUGUGUGUGUGUGUGUGAGAAAGAUAGUUGAUGCUUCUUGAUAAUAAAGCGACACACACACUCUGUUUGGAGUCGUUGUGCGGAUCACAACCCCAAA